AGCAACUGGUCAUGGUGGAGCUGUCAGGAAUUAUUGAUUCAGACUUCUUAGAAAAAUGUGAAAACAAGUGCAAGAUUUUGGGAAUUGAGACAGAGAGGCCCAUUUUACAAGUGGACAGAUAUGUAUUUGCAGGAGAAUAUGAAGAUACCUUGGGAACCUGUGUGGUUUUUGAAGAAAACACGGAGCAUGAUGCCGAAGGCAACCAAAAAGUACAGCUGAAAUACAAGUGCCACACAGUGAAGAAGUUGAACAUGACACGGACACUUCUGACAGAAAAGAAGGAAGGAGAAGAGAAUGUUGGUGGAGUGGAGUGGUUACAGAUCAAGGACAGAGACUUUUCCUACAGCAGACCUAACACCAUUUGCAGUUUUCUGCGUGAAAAAGAUGAUUCUGAGGAGUCAGCUCAGGCCCAAGACAAACUGGCUGAAGAGUCAGAGGGAGAGGUGAGAGGCGAAGGAAAUUCCAACAUGAACUGUGAUCUGGAGAAGCAGCACAGCUUGGAAAUACAUGCCCCUGUUCCUCUGCCUGACAGCCCUGCUUCUGGGACAGAGGAAUCUCCUUCUGGAAAUGUUGCCUCGGAGGAUGUCCCUCCAUGAUAUCAGCUCUGAUGUUUUCAUGAUGAGACCAACUUUUAAAUGUCAAUGUUUAUAGGCCAUGACAUGAUUUCCACUUUAUCUGUGCGAAUAAUAGUGGAAAAACAGACACUCUGUUCUUGUGCAUUGCUUUUGUGUUUGGAUUAUAGUGGGAAGGGCUGAAGUGUUUUUCAAAAGUACUGAUGGGAAAUUUAUGUGUUUCUAC